AUGGUCUAUCGGCCCAUGUUCAGCGGAAACUCUAGAAAGAUUGCAAGAAGGAAUGGAAUGGUUCAUUAAGACUGUUUCAGAUAAAUGAAUCUUAAAUAUUAAAUAUAUUAAGCAUCUGCAUUCGAAAAUGAAACCCAUAUCACAUGUCUCAUUCUAAGUGCCCAAUCCCAAUUUUACAAUCAAAUGUCUACUUCUGAUACCAAUCAUUUCUGUUCAGUUUAAUCUCAAAUCUUUAUUGCUCCAAUUAACUUAUCAUUCACUAAGAAUAUGUUGAAGAAUAAAUCAAACUCCAACUAGAUGCCUUCAUUAAUCAACUAUAGAUGUACUAGACAUAAAUAGAAAUUCCCUUCUUGACUAAUUAUUAAAGAUAAAUCAGAAAAAGUCAUUCAAUUAUCUUACAACAAUUAAGAAUUCUAUCAUAAUAAUUGUUCUAAUUUCCAAGAAUAAAUUAUUCAUAACAAAUAAUUUAAGUAUUUUUUUUAAUAAAAUAAUUAUAAUAUUAAGAAAAAGUGUACUAUUCUAACUUAUUAGACUAUCUCCAGGUCCAUUGGUGCGAAUUAAUUUCUAUUUUAAAAGACAACUAUCUAAAUCUCCUAAUUUUUUUCUAAUGCAGUACUUAAAGAUAUAGUUUUAUAUUUACCUUUAUUUAAUCACAUUAGAUAGUUAAAUGAAUCAAAAUUGAAUUGAGUUUAAGUCUCUUUUUUGAAAAAAAACCUCAUUUACUGUGAGAUUAUUGUGAACAAAUAGAAUAAAAGCCGUUUCUCUCAAAAUACAAAUAUAUCCUCUCACAUUAAUCAAGAAUUAGCAAAAAUAAAAGACACUCCUUAAAAAAAUACUGACUAUUAGAGAAUUAUCGAUACUGAAAACUUCAUUUCAUUAAAAAAUUUCUGUAAAGAACCACUUAAAAAGGCAAGGACUAUUUUAAAUGUCUAAUGA